GUAAACCCGCGGGCGCCUUCAUUAGUGUAUUUUUUAGGCAGACGUUUGGAGAGUGUCUAGUGGAUGAAAGGAGAAAGAGAAUACCGGAUGGUUUUUUUUCCAGAUCAAAUGGAUGAUAAUGGAAUUUAUUUUUGAAAGUCAACGUAUUUUACUAACAGAAAAUGAGAGGGAACCUAACAAUAAGUUAUGAAUAAUAUCCAAACUGUAACGAUGUGUUGAUCAUUCCCAAAUCUGCAUUGUUUUUCUUAAUAUGGUAUUUUCCAUUGACCUGCAAACCAAACGGAAACUCGAUCAUAUUUCUUAUAUAAAUGCAUUUAUUUUUAAUAUUUUUAGAUGAAAAGCUGCAAGUUUGGCCAAUAUUUUUGUGUCUGUGCGUGAGUUAUGGCCGUGCUCGCUCCUGUUGGUGUCUGACCGAGAUCAUUUACAUGGGAGACGGAGAGAUCUAGCCGGUGCUGCGCUGGGACAUCAAGAGGGGCAGGGGAACGAGUGGAGAUCCGUUUUUCGGUGUGGUCAGAGGUCCCUGUUGCGUGAUGACGGGGCUCAGGAUUUGGGUUGCGUUCGUCCGGUUUGUGCUGCUCCCUUUGCUCGCACCAUGCACCUUGCUGAUGUGCGUUCUGAUGCCAGUGUGUCUCUCCCACCCGCAGCCUUGUCAAAUCCUCAAGCGGAUUGGGCACACGGUGCGCGUGGGGGCCCUGCAACUGCAGCCGCGGCUCUUCAGUCACGUUUCCACCUUCAGAGGCGGUAAAGAAGCCCCUGUCCCCGUGGAUGAAUGGGAUAUACACGGCGGCACGAGGGAAGCAGUGGAGAGACAGUUGGAAAAUGUUACCAAAAGUGUCAACGAACACGAUUUACGCCUAGCGAAUAGGGCGUCGGAAAACAGUCAACACAAGGACGGGGAGAGGGACACGGGGGGUAAAAGUAGAAACAUGUACAAUAGGAAUGAGAGAAGUGUGUUUAUGCCGAGGGACUCUAUCCUAUUAGCCACGGAGACGUUGAAUCGCAUGGUCGGUUUGUUACCAUAUAACCUCUCACUGGAGGUAGUGAUGGCUGUGGACGCGGGGCUCGGGGAAUUACCCACGUUCUCCUCCUCUACCCCGGUCUGUGAAGACCCUAUGUCUUUUCUGGAGUGUGUUUGUCAUACUGUUAUAGUCCAAGGAGUUUCUGCUAUGAUGGCUUUCCCUCAGACCAGGGACGACCUGGUGAAGAUUGAAUUCAUCGCGUCAACGCUUCAGAUUCCUGUCAUCAGUGUUGUCCAGAACGUAUUCAAACGGCAGAGUAAGAACCCUCUCCAUUUCCAGAUGCCAAUGCAGAACCCGGCCCUGCCCCAGGUGGAGCUGCUCUACUCCCUGCUGGUGAUCAACAGCUGGUAUGACGUCAGCCUCCUGCUCUGUCAGGAAUGGAACGUCUCCAGCUUCCUGGUUCGUCUCCGUAACAACACUAAGUUCCAUCUGGGCUCUGUGGUCAACAUCACCACCUCCUCUGGAUCUCACCCCAACAGCUCUGUCGCCAAGGCUGACUUAUACACCUCUCUGCAGGGAUACCUGGAGUCCAUCAAGGAGUCCACGUCCACGGUGGUCACAUUCGGCUGCGACAUCCGGGACAUCAAGAGGAUCUUUAAUGUGGUGACCAAGCUGGGCCUGAUGCUGCCAAAGUACCACUGGGUGUUGGGGGACACACAGGACGUGGAGGAGCUGAGGACCGAGGGGCUGCCAGCGGGACUGCUGACCCAUGGCAGGAUGGGGACUCCCUCCCUGGAUCAUUAUGUCCAGGAUGGGCUGGAGCUGGUGGCCCGGGUGGUGGGGUCAGCUGCAUACCGCUCCCCUGAGCUAGCCCUCAUCCCCUCCGUCACCAACUGCAUGGAUACACAGAGCAGCCAGAGCAGAAACAUGACCUCAGGGAAAUAUCUGUCCAGGUUUCUGUCCAACACGUCAUUUGACGGUCUGAGUGGUUUCAUCUCGUCCCAGGAGGAGACCGUGAUCUCCUCAGAGAGCCACCACUUCAUCUGGUCCCUGCAACAUGACCCCAUAGGGAACCCCAUGUGGACCAGGCUGGGCCGAUGGAAGCAUGACAGGGUGCUCAUGGACUACACUGCCUGGACCAACAAACAGGCAUCCUAUCAGGGCGGGGACUGGAGGUACAAGUCGCGGCUCCAUCUGCGGGUGGUCACCCUGGUGGAGCACCCCUUCGUCUUCACCCGGGAGGUGGAUGAGGACGGUCUCUGUCCCGCUGGUCAGCUCUGCCUGGACCCCCUCACCAACAACACAGCCCUGCUCCAGUCUCUCUUCCUCCAGAUGCGGGGGCCAAACGACAGCAUUCCCACGGAGUAUAAGAAGUGUUGCUACGGCUACUGCGUCGAUCUACUGGAGAAACUAGCGGAGGACAUGGGGUUCGACUUCGACCUGUAUAUUGUAGGCGACGGCAAGUACGGUGGGUUUAAGAACAGGCGCUGGACAGGGCUGGUGGGAGAUCUUCUCAGCGGAGCGGCCCACUUGGCGGUCACAUCCUUCAGUAUAAACUCGGCCCGGAGCAGGGUUAUAGACUUCACCUCCCCGUUCUUCUCCACCUCUCUGGGCAUCUUGGUACGGACCCGGGACACAGCCGCGCCCAUCGGAGCCUUCAUGUGGCCCUUGCACUGGUCCAUGUGGCUGGGGAUAUUCGUCUCGCUACAUGUCACUGCCGUAUUCCUGACCAUCUACGAGUGGAACAGUCCGUUUGGGAUGACGCCGCGAGGCAGGAACAGAGAUAAGGUGUUCUCCUUCUCCUCGGCUCUGAACGUCUGCUAUGCCAUCCUGUUUGGCCGUACAGCUGCCAUUAAACCUCCCAAGUGCUGGACGGGGCGGUUCCUCAUGAAUCUCUGGGCUAUCUUCUGCCUGUUCUGUCUGUCCACCUACACAGCCAAUCUGGCCGCCGUUAUGGUGGGGGAGAAGACCUUCCAGCAACUCUCAGGAAUACACGAUCCAAAGCUUCAUCACCCGUCACAGGGGUUCCGCUUCGCCACGGUCCGGGAGAGCAGUGCCGAGGAUUACCUGAAGAAAAGCUUUCCGGAGAUGCAUGAAUACAUGAGACGGUACAACGUACCAGCAACCCCAGGUGGAAUAGAACAUCUGAAGCACGAUCCUCAGCAACUGGAUGCUUUCAUCAUGGACAAGGCCUUACUCGACCACGAGGUGUCUAUCGAUGCAGAAUGCAAGACACUCACCGUGGGGAAACCAUUUGCAAUUGAAGGUUAUGGCAUCGGCCUGCGUCAGAACUCUCCCCUGACCUCUAACAUCUCAGAGCUGGUGAGCCAGUACAAGUCAGACGGCUUCAUAGACAUGCUGCAUGAUAAGUGGUACAAGGUGGUGCCCUGUGGGAAACGGAGCUUCGCAGUCACAGAGACCCUACAGAUGGGCAUUAAGCAUUUCUCAGGCCUGUUCUUGAUGCUGUGUGUCGGGUUGGUUCUGUCUCUCCUCACCACCCUGGCUGAACACAUCAUCUACCGCUUUGUCAUACCCAGAGUCAAGGACCCCAAGUUCAAGUACUGGCUGCAUACUAGUCAGAGGUUACAUCGAGCAAUGAACUCAUCUUUCAAUGACGAUAAACUGCAGACCGUAGCCAAGCCAGAAGAAAGGUGCAUCAUGGGUAACAACCAACAACAACUGCAGCCAUGUGUACCAUGGAACAGCUCCAACUGCAACAGGAGGAGGAUCCCACCUCAGGAGUCCCUGCUUAACGUUCUGGAGUCUCCCCCCUGUGAUUGCUCUCCUCCACCUCAGGAGUCCCAUCUAAACGUUCUGGAGUCUCCCCCCUGUGAUUGCUCUCCUCCACCUCAGGAGUCCCAUCUAAACAUUCUGGAGUCUCCCCCCUGCGAUUGCUCUCCUACUCCUCACUCAGCCCUUUCACCUCCUUCAUCUCCUCCUUCUCAGGUGAAGAGCCUGGUCCCCCAGCAGGCAACCUCUAACGGGAGGACAGACCUGGUCCAGGUGGGUCUGCAGACCAGGACCAACCCCAUGCUGCAGGAGCUGUCAGAGCUGGAGACACACAUCACCAUCAUCAAACAGCAACUGCACAUCGCCAUGACGAAGAAGAGGGAGCUGGAGCAGUAUCAGCAGACACACAACAUGACAGAGUAGAGGACUGGUACCAGCAGACACACAACAUGACAGAGUAGAGGACUGGUACCAGCAGAAACACACCAUGACAGAGUAGAGGACUGGUACCAGCAGAAACACACCAUGACAGAGUAGAGGACUGGUACCAGCAGAAACACAACAUGACAGAGUAGAGGACUGGUACCAGCAGAAACACAACAUGACAGAAGAGCUGGUACCAGCAGACACAGCAUGACAGAGAAGAGGACUGGUACCAGCAGAAACACACCAUGACAGAGAAGAGGACUGGUACCAGCAGACACACACCAUGACAGAGUAGAGGACUGGUACCAGCAGAAACACACCAUGACAGAGUAGAGGACUGGUACCAGCAGAAACACACCAUGACAGAGAAGAGGACUGGUACCAGCAGACACAGCAUGACAGAGUAGAGGACUGGUACCAGCAGAAACACAACAUGACAGAGUAGAGGACUGGUACCAGCAGACACAGCAUGACAGAGUAGAGGACUGGUACCAGCAGACACACAACAUGACAGAGUAGAGGACUGGUACCAGCAGAAACACACCAUGACAGAGUAGAGGACUGGUACCAGCAGAAACACACCAUGACAGAGUAGAGGACUGGUACCAGCAGAAACACAACAUGACAGAGAAGAGGACUGGUACCAGCAGAAACACAACAUGACAGAGUAGAGGACUGGUACCAGCAGAAACACACCAUGACAGAGUAGAGGACUGGUACCAGCAGAAACACAACAUGACAGAGUAGAGGACUGGUACCAGCAGAAACACAACAUGACAGAAGAGCUGGUACCAGCAGACACAGCAUGACAGAGAAGAGGACUGGUACCAGCAGAAACACACCAUGACAGAGAAGAGGACUGGUACCAGCAGACACACACCAUGACAGAGUAGAGGACUGGUACCAGCAGAAACAAACCAUGACAGAGUAGAGGACUGGUACCAGCAGAAACACACCAUGACAGAGAAGAGGACUGGUACCAGCAGACACAGCAUGACAGAGUAGAGGACUGGUACCAGCAGAAACACAACAUGACAGAGUAGAGGACUGGUACCAGCAGAAACACACCAUGACAGAGUAGAGGACUGGUACCAGCAGACACAGCAUGACAGAGUAGAGGACUGGUACCAGCAGAAACACACCAUGACAGAGUAGAGGACUGGUACCAGCAGAAACACACCAUGACAGAGUAGAGGACUGGUACCAGCAGAAACACAACAUGACAGAGUAGAGGACUGGUACCAGCAGAAACACACCAUGACAGAGUAGAGGACUGGUACCAGCAGAGACACAACAUGACAGAGUAGAGGACUGGUUCCAGCAUGCAUACAACAUGACAGAGAAGAGGACUGGUACCAGCAGAAACACACCAUGACAGAGUAGAGGACUGGUAGCAGCAGAAACACACCAUGACAGAGUAGAGGACUGGUACCAGCAGAAACACAACAUGACAGAGUAGAGGACUGGUACCAGCAGAAACACACCAUGACAGAGUAGAGGACUGGUACCAGCAGAAACACACCAUGACAGAGUGGAGGACUGGUACCAGCAGAAACACACCUUGACAGAGUAGAGGACUGGUACCAGCAGAAACACACCAUGACAGAGUAGAGGACUGGUACCAGCAGAAACACAACAUGACAGAGUAGAGGACUGGUACCAGCAGACACACAACAUGACAGAGUAUAGUUGGUACCAGCAGACACUCAAUAUCACUGAGUAGAGGACUGGUCUGGUCACAGAAUGACCGAGAUUUAAGCUAUAGAAAAUAAACCAAUUUGAUAGCAUGAGGGAAGAUAUUUUAAACUCUGUUACACUGGUUCCAGCAGACACACAACAUGACAGAGUAGAGGACUGGUACCAGCAGACACACAACAUGACAGAGUAGAGGACUGGUACCAGCAGAGACACACCAUGACAGAGAAGAGGACUGGUACCAGCAGAAACACACCAUGACAGAGAAGAGGACUGGUACCAGCAGACACACAACAUGAC